AUGUUGGCUCGAUCAGCACUGCGUACGGCGCGCACAGCCGGCGCCGCAGCCCGCAAUGCUGCCAGCAAAACCGCUUCGCGCUCCGCCUCCACCUCCGCCGAGGGAGCUGCUUCUUCCUGGAAGAACAACGCUCUCCCCGCUGGCGCCACCAUCUUCUCGAUUGGCUCCGUGGCAUGGUACCUCCACCUCUACGGAGGCAAUGCUGAUGCCAUGACACCUGCUGAGGAAGGUCUUCACCCCACUCAGUACCCAUGGGAGCACACCAAGUGGAACAAGACCUUUGACCACCAGGCUCUCCGCCGUGGUUUCCAGGUUUACCGCGAGGUCUGCGCAUCCUGCCACUCCAUCUCCCGUGUCCCCUACCGAUCGCUCGUCGGUACCAUGAUGACCGUCGAUGAGGCCAAGGCUCUCGCCGAGGAGAACGAGUACGACACCGAGCCUAACGACCAGGGCGAGAUUGAGAAGCGCCCCGGAAAGCUCUCCGACUACAUGCCCGCCCCCUACAAGAACGACGAGGCUGCCCGCGCUGCCAACAACGGUGCUCUGCCCCCGGAUCUAUCGCUCAUCGUCAAGGCCCGCCACGGCGGCUGCAACUACAUCUUCAGCUUGCUCACCGGUUACCCCGAGGAGCCCCCUGCCGGAGCUGUUGUCCAAGAGGGUCUCAACUUCAAUCCCUACUUCCCUGGAACCGGUAUUGCUAUGGCCCGUGUGCUCUACGACGACUUGGUCGAGUACGAGGACGGAACACAGGCGUCGACCUCGCAGAUGGCCAAGGAUGUCGUUGAAUUCCUCAACUGGGCUGCUGAGCCGGAGAUGGACGACCGCAAGAAGAUGGGCUGGAAGGUUCUGGCCGUCACAAGUGUGCUGUUCACCCUCAGCGUCUGGGUGAAGAGGUACAAGUGGGCACCGCUCAAGACUCGUAAGAUCCUCUACAGCCCGCCCGCUCAGAAGAAGAGCAUCCUCGACCAGGUUCCCAAGCCCAACAACCAGGGCAAGACAAACCAAUAG